AUGACCGAUGUCCAUGGGCGGCUGGCGGCGGGGUGCAGCGCAGCGCGACGCAUGCCGAGAUGCCGCACCGCGGAGGCACCAUUGCCGAAAGGUAAAAACCAUCUUCAUUUCAAUUCCAGGCUGGCGGCUCUCCAGGCAGCCGGCGCGAACGACUGGCGUGCGAGGGUCUGCCGCCUCAGUCCGGAGAAGGAGGAUUCCAAGGCCAUCGAGCGGGCCAAGAACAGGAUCAAUGACCUUAAUAGUAUAGAAAUAAGACCCCAUAUUGCUUCCCUGGAAAACCCUGUUGGUUUAAGGAUACUUACACUGUUUGCGGAUCGUGGUCCAGUUUGCCGUUGGUCAGACAUUAACAUCAUUAGCACUAUUUUCCUUGCGAUUGCUUGA